AUGGUUCAAUCACCCAGAUUAGCACCGGACCUGUACACACAUGCCCCCGGCAAACCAACUCUCAUGUCCAUGAACUCACCCCAGACUCGCAUGGCUACAUUCCAGCGGACACCAGAAUUUGAUCUGGGCCCAGAGCAUGUAUUUCAACGACCGAUGAUGGGGUCAGAACCUAUGCACUACGAGGGCGAACAGACAAACUACAACAUGUCUCCAGAAUACCUGCAUUCCAAUGCUCCACCAGGGGUAUUUAUGGACUAUGAGACAGCUAGCUGGAACCCAAAACACUGGGACUCAGUUGUCAAUAGCAGAUCUGCUGGAAAUGGAGGAAUGUACCCGGAGCCAGAACAGUCGCCUUUCUACAUGCUUCCCAGUCAGGUUAUCACCAACGACCUCUCCCAGUCUGUUGCUGUCUCAUCACCUGAUGCACCAGGCUCAGACCGAAUACUUCCCACCCCAACCUGCCGAAGCCAACAAGUUCCCAGCAUUACAGUCCCAAACGACCGUCUUAGCCGCACACUUUCACGAGACAACAGUACAGCCGGUCAACGUCACCUCGCACUGACAAGCGAGUGUGCUGCAGACAUAUACGGCUACACAAGCACCGAGAAGAGCAAGCGCGGUGAUGGUGGAAAUGGAGGCGAUUCUCGCUACCCGGGAGCUACACUUAUGAGCGGCCUACCAUAUACCCGUGUACCGCACCGGGAUAUGCCUGCUAAUCCAUUCGCUUUUAAUAUGAUUCCUGACGCUCUCUCGGAGUAUCAGCGUGUUGUGGAGAAUGUCCAUAGACCUGUUGAGCCGUUGAGAAACCAAGGUGCUUACUAG